AUGUGUGAGGCUCGCUCCAGCAACCCAAGGCUACCGCUCCCCUCGGACACGCAGGAAGUUCCCAGCGCGCAGGAUGUGGAACUGAAAACAUGUCAGGAAGCUUUGGAUGGCUGCUGUCCACACCAAGGGGACGAUCAGCUGGAACUGCAAGUGGAGGAAGAAGACAUGAAUAAAAGCAAGCUCAACCAUGUAGAUUCCCUUCUCUCCUUGGACAACUAUAUAGAGCUUCUGUCAUUGCAGAUGGAAAACAUGCUAGAGGCAAGUUUACUGGAAGAUACACAAGUUACCACUUCUAAUAAAGGCCAAGACCCAUCAUCCUCACAGCACAAUAAAGGUGUGAUGCAGACACUUUGCCACUGUUUCAGUCCUCAUGAUGCCCCACCAAGAGCAGACCACCCCACUCAAUCACAUUCAGAAACAAGACAUUUGCAAAGGCAUCAGUCUUUUCCUCAGCAAAGCUCUAAUAUUACAAAACCAGAAUCACUCUUUCAUGGGUCAAAUUUGACAGGGCUGGUUUCAGCUGCUGACAUUAGAAACCUAUUGACCCAUGAUGAUAAUUUUGAUGAAAUUAAACUCCUGUCUUUGGCUUUGGAGGAAGGCUUUGAUCCUACAGAAGCUUUUCAGCUCUUUGAAGAACCUGGCUCAGAUCUGGGACUGUCUUUGAAUUCAAGUCACAGCACUGCCUCUUAUUCAGUCUGCAGUGCAGGUGCAGUUGGGUACAGCAGUGAUGUUAAACCUGUUUCUUUGCAUGGCUUUGGAGCUGUUGGUGGCCAUAGCCAAGAACACAGUAAAAAAACCCACACAGAAUAUCCAGGUGAUUCCGAGCAUUUUAGAGAAGCCACACCUCAGCAGUUUCUUCAUAACCACACUCAUAAUCAACUGCUAAGCCAAGCAGCAUCCACUCCAGAGCAUCACGAGCAGACAUGGAUGAAGAAGCCAAAUGACAUAAAGGAUAAGUGCCAUAAUUCUAUCAGUAUAAACCUUAGCAGCAACAAACACUGUGGAAAAGCUCUGAAAGUACCAUUUUUGGCAGAGGAAAUUGUGAGCAUGCCUGUCGACUCCUUCAAUUCCAUGCUAGCAAAGAAUCAUCUUACAGGUACUCAGGUAUCACUUCUACGUGACAUCAGACGAAGAGGAAAAAACAAAGUUGCUGCCCAAAAUUGUCGUAAACGUAAACUUAAUGCAAUUCUUAGCUUGGAAGAAGAUGUAAGUAGCCUUCAAAGACAAAAGGAGAGCCUUAAAAAAGAACAUUCCCAGCACAACAGAUCAAUCAGCCAGAUGAAGCAAAAGUUAAACAAGUUGUACCGUGACGUUUUCAAGAGACUGAGGGAUGACCAAGGUAGACCUGUUAACCCAUGCAAAUACAUCAUUCAUUGCAGUAGUGAUGGCAGUGUUCUCAUAAUGCCCAAAAACUUGGCCAAAUCACAACAGAAACAAAAGAACAAAACCGAGCAGAAUCAAAAUUAAGACGGCUGAAGAUUGCUUAGGUUCAGUUUUCCCUGGAAGAGUAUUUGUAUGAGGACUGAAGUCAGUGAAUACAGAAAACAUUGCACUUGAGGAGGAAGACUGCAUAUUCAAGGA